AUGGAGUUAUCCGAGGCAGCAAAUGUCGCAUAUCUUCCAAGCGAGGAGUGCGGCUCAAACCUUCCGAUAAACACCAUGUCAACCCCUACGCGAAGGCCCUCGCAGCUGCGCUCGAAUAACAACAAUACCGGCACCGACAACAAGCGCUCGCCACUACAGGAGCCAACGACAGCAGGGGACGAGAGCUCAAACCAACUAGCUCAAGCAGUUGACGAAUUACUAGAUCAGCUCCAGGAUAAAUUUGACAAAGUCUCAGCGGAGAUCUUUGAGAAAUGCCCGUCAGUCCCGUCCCUCGGCUUCCCCAACGACCCCAAUCCCUUCCCAUGCUCUCCUGCACAAAAGCUUCUUACAGAUAUACCUGCAUAUGCUGUACUUGACCAGCUAGAGGCGUCCCUUACCACUUCCACCGAAACACAUGCGACAACGACCUGA